AUGUCUAAGGUCUGGACAUUGCUGAUUUUACUUUCCGGCUUUAUUAUUUUCAGCGCCGCUGAAAACGUUCCAGACGAUCAAAAAAAUGAGGAGGAAACUGAAUAUAUAUCAGAAGAGCCAAAGUGCGGUCAAGCUAGUCCAAAGGCUUUUCAUUUAAAUCUAAAUAUAACUGGCAAUCAAGCAAGACCUGGAGAAUUUCCUUGGACAAUCGCCCUGAUCUAUAAUCUGAGCUUUAUUGGUGUUGGCUCGCUCAUUGCACCAGAUGUCGUCCUUACUGCAGCUCAUCGGCUAGUUAAUAUAACAACAGAGGAUUUUAAAGUCAGCGCAGGAGAAUGGGAAUAUGGAAAUUCCUUUAAAGACUACCCAUAUGAAGAGGCAAAUGUGUUGAAAAUUGUGAGGCACGAGUCAUUUGAUUAUAAACAUGGACUUAAUAACUUGGCUCUUCUGUUCCUGGACACCACAUACUCACUAACUUAUCGGAUUAAUACCAUAUGUCUGCCCGCCGAGAAGAGGUCGUUGAAUUCUAAACGUUGUAUGGUGGCUGGCUGGGGUAAAAAUGGAUUUAGAGAUGAGAAUUUCGCUACUGUGCUGAAGAAAAUAGAGUUGCCUAUCGUGCCAAGGGACAUUUGCCAGAAUCAGCUGCGAAAAACCAGGCUGGGCACAGACUUCCAACUGGGUUUCGGGUUGAUUUGUGCCGGCGGCGAGGAGGGCAAGGAUGCCUGCACCGGCGAUGGCGGUGGCGCACUUUUCUGCCCAAUGGACGAGGAUCCCGAACGGUUCGAGCAGAUUGGCAUUGUCAACUGGGGCGUUGGAUGUAAACAAAAGGACGUUCCCGGCACCUAUACAGACGUGGCCGAAUUUAAGCACUGGAUUGACCAGAAGAUUGAAGAAAAUAACUAUUUACCCGAUGAAAAUUAA